GGGGCCGGCUCUGACCUUCUUCCGUCGUGCCCUGCUUGCCAUCUGUCCACGCUCUCUCCGGCAGUCUCUGGCCAACAUGGCGUCAGCCACAGUGCGGGUGAGCCGGGCCCUGAGCUUGCCCCCUCAAGCCUUCGAGAUGCCUCUGGCCAGCAACCCCCAGCUCAGUGUCACCAUCUCGCCCCCAGUGGCCCACACGGGCCCAGGCCCUGUGCUGGUGCGGCUCAUCUCAUACGACCUUCGAGAGGGCCAGGACAGCGAGGAACUGAACAUCCUGGCCCGGUCCGAGGGCCCCCGGACGCUGGACCUGCGGCCCCGCACCCACCACGCCCCACGUUCCAAGUCCCUGGUCAUUCAUAUCCACGGCGGUGGCUUUGUGGCUCAGACCUCCAAGUCCCAUGAGCCCUAUCUCAAGAGCUGGGCCCAGGAGCUGGGGGUGCCCAUCCUGUCCAUCGACUACUCCUUGGCCCCCGAGGCCCCCUUUCCCCGGGCCCUGGAGGAGUGCUUCUACGCUUACUGCUGGGCUCUCAAAAACUGUCGCCUCCUGGGCUCCACAGGGGAGCGGGUCUGUUUGGCCGGGGACAGUGCUGGUGGCAACCUCUGCUUCACUGUGUCCCUGCGGGCAGCGGCCUACGGUGUAAGAAUGCCUGAUGGCAUCAUGGCCGCCUACCCAGCCACCAUGCUACAGGCCUCGGCCUCCCCGUCGCGCCUCAUGAGCCUCAUGGACCCCCUGCUCCCCCUCAGCGUCCUCUCCAAGUGUCUCAGUGCCUACGCCGGCGUAGAGCCUGAGGUCGAGGAAGACCAAGAGCAGCAGGCCCUGGGCAUGAUGGGGCUGGUCAAGAGGGACACAGCCCUGCUGCUCCGCGACCUCCGGAUGGGGGCCUCCUCCUGGCUCAACACUUUCCUGGAGUUCGGAGGCCGGCGACCCAUUGACAGCCCCCAACUGGCCGCAGCAGAGACGAUGCGCCGGAGCGUCUCCGAGGCCGCCCUGCAGGAGUCUGCCAGCAUCCCCAAGGAAUCCCCCAAGAGUCUGACCUUACAAGACCUGAGCCUGGUGGGGGGCUCCACAACCCCAGGCCUGUCCUCGUCAGAAGAGACCCUGCCAGUCAUCCCUCAGGAGGUCAACUUCUUUCUGCCCACCUCGGGGACCGAAGAGGAGACAACAGAAGAAGAGGAAGACGUGGCGGAGAAUCAGGACUGGCUGGGCUCCACCUUCCCCGACGGCUUCCAGCCCCGGCGCUCAAGUCAAGGCAGGGCCCACCUGUCACUGCAGACGUCCCCCAUUGUCAAGAACCCCUUCAUGUCCCCACUGCUGGCCCCCGACUCUAUGCUCCUGUCCCUGCCCCCCGUCCACAUCGUGGUGAGCUGUGGGGAAGGGGAGGCAGCCUGAGGCCCUGACAGA